AUGAGCCUGUUCGACCGCAUCAAGCCCUACCUCUACUACCGCACCGCGCGCCACGUCCGCGUCGACAUCUGGCAAGUCGGCCUCACCAACCGGAUUCUGCAGACCGGCAUUAUAGUUGCCUUCAUCGCCACCGUCAUCACCUCAAACUCGUGGGCGGCUAGCGAGCGGCCGCUUGGCGUGGUGAACGCGUGGGAGGAUGGAGGGCGCUACGGCUUCGCGCCGACUCUCAACCGCUCGAGCGAAUACUACUCUUACUGCGCCAGCCCGGAUCACAACUACGUCUACUCGUCCAACUAUGAGUACAUCAUGCCCGAGUGCCGCAAUCUUCAGCCCGAGGAGAUCGUCACGAAAGGUAUUGGCUCGAUAUCCUUCACAACGUCCGUCAUAGAGACGUACGAGUACUCGUGGGAGUGCGGCAACCAGAGUGCGGCGACGCGCGCCAAAGAAGCCAGCUGUGGCGGCGCGGUUGUGGACCGCACGAACGCGGGUCGGCAGUGCAGCUGCGCCACGAGCCAGACGUACUACGUCAAGGGUGUGGAGGAGCUGCAGGUCGCCUUUGAGCACUCGUACUUCACCAGCGGCUCCUCCCGCAUCGACCUGAGCGGCGUGUCCAACCACAAGAGCUGCGCCGACACGCAGGGAGACAAGACCUGCGCCGAGCACCCCCUCUCGACCACGAUCACAUACCCCAACGGCACGGAGCGGACCUUCCAGGCGGGCGACCCCAUCGUGAUGCGUCUCCGCGACUACGUCCUGCUCGCCGAGCUCGACCUCGACGACACCAACACUGACGCCACCCAGGACAGAAGGCCGGGCGACGACGGCUUCCCUCAGUUCCGCAUCACCGGCCUCCGGCUCAACGUCGAGCUCAAGUACGACAACCUCGACGACGAGCACGCCGAGAUCCUCCUUAACCGGCAGGUGGACGCACAGAUGCAGGUCGUGCGCGCCGAGGUCGGGUGGGCGGGGAUGGGUCCUCAGGUCUGGUUCGCGGAAAUGCCGUCUGUCAGCGCCGAGGGCGUCGAGACAGGGGCAAAGGUGAUCCGAUACCGGCAGGGCGUCGUCAUCGAGUUCGUGGCGAUGGGCUCGCUCUACCACUUCGACUGGAACCACGCCCUCACGACGGUGAUCGCCACCGUCGUCUUCUUCCAGCUUCUCUCGCUCCUCAUGGACGCUGUCGCCUUCUACUUGCUCCCCAACGGCAUCUCGACCGUGCUGCAGGGCAAGCGCUCCGAGAGGAUCUCAAAGCGGCAGACAUUUGCGCAGCUCGGCCUCCGUGCGGCAAUCGCAGUCGACUGGUACUACAAGUUGGACAAGUCGCAGAACGGCAUGAUCACCGUCGCAGACAUCGUCUCGGUCUUCGCCAGGGUGCCCGGCCUGGACCAGGAGAAGGCGCUCAUGCUGGCGCGCACGAUCCUGCGCAAGAGCAAGAAGAGCGACCGGCUGCUCGACUUCAAGGAGUUCAUGGACAUCCUCGAGGGCGGCGACUCGCUCAACUUCCAGCACUUCCUCGACGUUGUUCACACCACGGGCAAGAUCGAUAAGCUCGACCAGGAGGACGUGGCAGAGGCGCAAGCGGCGUUUCGCAGGUCGGCCGAGGAAGGGUCGGCAGAGGCGCCUCGCAGGUCGGCUAGCGGCGUUUCGCAGGCGGCAGACGCAGCGUUGGUGCAAGCGAGGCCGGCGACGGGGUCGGCAGAGGAGGAGGCUGCAAUCGUCGUGCAGCUCCCCGAGGCGACCGCCGCCGCCGCCGCCACAGCCGCCGCCGCCGCCGCCGCCUCCGCCGCUGCCUCUGCUACCGCCGCUCGCCCGGCCGAGCCGCUGUCUACCCCGGCCAGCCCACCCAAGAGAAGCCGGCGGUGUAUCAGCCGCCUCCUGCACGCACCGAGCGCAUGCAGAUCACGCUGCCUGCGGGCGCGGCGGCGGGAACGCCCGUGCACGUCGCCACCCCCUCGGGCGGCGAGUUUGAGAUUGUCGUGCCGGAGGGGUGCGGGCCGGGCCAGGUGCUCGAGUUCGACUUGCCCGCGCCUCCGCUAGCCACGCAAUCGGUUUGACCCCGCGCUUGGCGGCGGGGCCGUCUCGCUCGUCUCGUGCCUUAUCCGACCCUCGUGGCCGUCGGCCUUCUUCUGAUCUCGCGUGCGGCGGCGCGCGAGCGGGCCCCACGAUGCGCCCACGCUUCGAAAAGUCGCCCGCACGAAGGUUCACAGGCUCUUUGUGGAGGAACGUUCUGACACACCCCUCUGGCUCUGCGUGCGGCGCCGCCGGCCCCGCGCCCGGCCGGCUCUGCGUGACUCUAAUCUUUGCCUCUCUUCUCGCGCUGUAGUCCGCAUCUGUACAAGGUG